UGUACUGUGGAUAGUGUACUGUGUAGACAGACACUAAACAGACAGUAGACAGUGUAGUAGGAAUGGCUUUAAUGGUUGUCGUUUGAUUUGAAGAAGAGAGUCUGAAAGUUUUGUGUAUUUUAAAUCAUGGCAGAUUUUGAUGCGAUAUAUGAGGAGCAAGAAGAAAAUGAAGAAAAUUUGGAAGAAAAUUUCGUUGCUCCUGUUCCCGAUCCAGUGGUUGUCAGAGGAGCUGGCAAUAUGACAGUAUUUGGGUUGAGUAAUCGUUUUGAAACGGAAUUCCCUCAAGGAUUAGUGUCACGUGUAGCUCCUGAAGAGUUUAAAGCCACUGUUUGUAGAGUAAACAGUGUGUUGAAGAAAACAUUGCCUGUUAAUGUUAAAUGGCUGUUUUGUGGCUGUGUGUGUUGUUGCUGCACCCUUGGCUGCUCACUCUGGCCAGUAAUAUGUCUUAGUAAAAGGACUCAGCAUUCUAUUGACAAGUUACUUGAGUGGGAAAAUAGUCACUUAUAUCACAAACUUGGUUUGCAUUGGAGACUUACGAAGCAGAGAUGUGAUUCUUCAUCUAUGAUGGAAUAUGUGUUGUUGAUUGAGUUCAUUCCAAAAAUACCAAUAUACAGGCCAGACUAGUGCUCAUCCAACAGGCCAGUUGACUUUUGUGCCUGUUUCUGUGGUGGACAUUUUAAAUGUGUAGUACUUAUUCCUUGCAAUCAAUUUUCUAUUUUUUCUAAGCAUUAGCAGGUAGUAUGGCCGGUUUAGAAUUAGUGAUGUGCCUAUAUUUUUGUUUCAAUUUGUGUACAGUUUUUUAAUGCUUAAAACAAUACUUUAAAAAUUGUUAAAAUGUAAAUAUAGAGUAAGGUUUUUUACUGAUCAGUGGUAUAGAACAUUUCAAUGGUCUGCAAGGCAGAUACAUAUCUUUGAUAAGGCCUAUUAGUAUACUGUGGCAUAUGUUAAUAUUAAACAGUUAAUUAGUUUAGUUGUUUUAAAAUGUAUAAAGUGUGUAAAUGGAGACUGCUUUGUUCUUUUGCAGGAUUUAAGAAAAGGGUAAUUGAGAUGUACAACCUUGUUUUUAAUUUGAUAGUAUUAACAACGAAGUUUAUUUUUGUUAAUGAAUGCCUUAAUUAUUUCAAAAUAAGUAUAUGUUAGGUAUUGUGACUCAGUUUAACAUAACAUUUGUAUUUAUUUCGAAUAUUAGAUGUUUUCUGUCAGUUGUUAACUAAAUUCUGUCAUUCAAAUGUAAAUAAAUGACAUUUACUAACGUGUA